CACACAUACUCCCCAAAUAUUCCUCAUUGCCCUACUAGCACCUCCCCCACCAGAUCUAUAGUUUGGACUAUCAUUACAGGGUCUUCUUUUAUUUUGCUUAACACCAUGGCGCCUUUAAGGCUACCGAAAGGUUGAUUCAAAGGCGAUUACAACACUGCAACCGUGCCUCCAUAUUCAGGCCAGGAGACAACUACCAACAUUCUUUCCUGGAGGCAUCCAUUCCUCUUCUUCACAAGGAAUGUGUGCGCAGGAUAACAAUGUGAAGCGAACUACUGAAAAUCCUGUGGCUAUUGCUGCUCCUGCUUCUGUCUUUGGUGGCAAGAAUUUUGGUGCUCUAGGGAAUGCUGAGGAAAACCAUGAAGAAGCAACACCGUUGAGCGAAGAUGCCAUGAAAAUAUAUGAACAUUUGAUUGGGGUUCAUGUGGCAUAUUUUCGUGCUUGCAAUGUCCCUUACAUGAUAACUUGUAGGAGCCUCCCCCAGCAGUUUGUCCAGGAGCAGAACACCCACCGUGCUCAUGAUGCUCAGGUGUUAAAUUAUGGGGACAAUCUAGUGGAGGCAGAUACUAGUACUACGGUUGUUCAACAACAAAGAGUUCCUUCUGCUGGCUCCUCUCAUGUCCAGCAUUAUGGAGCUAGUGGAUUCAACAAUACGAUCCCUUCUAUUCACCAGGAGCAAACGGUGGCUCCGGUGACGAAGCCUUCCUUGAGGCUCAUGCACAUCAAGGGCCAAGUAGCAGCAUCCUGUGCUGAUGCCAAUGGGAGCCGCUUUGUACAGCAGGCGAUCCAGGUGGCAACUCCUCAAGAGAUCAUUAUGGUUUAUGAGAAAAUUAUUUGUUUCACCUUCAGAUUCUAGAGCAUGGACCACAGUCCUGCUAACGUGAGCUCAUCAGUCGUCUGAUGGGCCAUGUGCUUCCCCUAAGCCAUGAUAUGUACGGUUGCCGUGUCAUCCAGAAGGCUUUGGAUGUAGGGGAGCACAAUCAGAAGAUUGUGAUAGCGAAAGAGCUCAAACACAAAGUGCUCAAAUGUGUUCGCGAUCAGUUCGCGAGCCAUGUUAUUCAGAAAUGUGUAGAGUGCCUGCCACCGAAGCAUAUCCAAUUCAUCUUCCGAAGCUUCUGUGGAAGGGCAAAGGCACUAUCCAUCCAUCCCUAUGGAAGCCGUGUGAUUCAGGUAUGGUUGCUCAUCGAUUAUUUGUGUUUUCAAUGAUGUGUGUGCCAUCAUGCCUCU